AAUUGGCUGCUCAACUCAAUUUGCUUAUGUUUUCCUCCUCUCAAAGAAACCCAAAAAAUCCUCACAAACUAAUCUCAUAUCAACCAUGGAGUGGAUUCGAGGCCAGCAACUUGGCCGUGGAAGCUUUGCUACCGUCAGUUCAGCAAAACCCAAAAAUCAGUCUACUAAAACCCCACCAUUGAUGGCCGUCAAGUCUUCUGAAGCUUCCUUCUCUUCUCUGCUCAAGAACGAGAAACAAGUUCUCCACCAAAUCGGCUCCUGCCCGCAAGUCGUCCGCUGCUUCGGAGAUGAUCACACCUUCGAAAACGGCACGGCGUUCUACAACUUGUUCUUGGAGUACGCCAGCGGCGGCUGCUUGGCCGAUCAGCUCAAGAAAAACGGCGGCCGGUUAGCGGAGAUAGAUGUUAAACGAUAUGCCAGAGCAGUUCUUAAAGGCCUUCGCUUUGUUCAUUCAAAAGGGUUUGUUCACUGCGACGUAAAGCUAGCGAAUGUUCUUGUUUUUGAGAAUGGUGCGGCGAAGAUUGCCGAUUUCGGACUUGCCAAAAAAGCAGGGCCGACCGGAAACAGAGUCGAAGUCCGGGGAACUCCGCUGUACAUGUCGCCGGAAUCGGUGAACGAGCAAGAGUUCGAGUCGCCGGCGGAUAUUUGGGCUUUUGGGUGUUUAGUGGCGGAGAUGGUGACCGGGAAACCGGUCUGGAAUCAUGGGCCGGGCUCGAAUAUGUGCAAGCUUUUGAUGAGAAUAGGGGGAGAUGAGUCGCCGGAAAUUCCAGAAGAGUUGAGUGAAGAAGGGAAAGAUUUUCUUGGAAAGUGUUUUAUGAAGGAUCAGAGAAAGAGAUGGACGGCUGAGAUGCUCUUGGAACAUCCCUUUGUUAUUUCUGAUGAUACUGUUCCAUUGGAGGAUGUUGAAGACGACUUGUUCUCAUCUCCAAGAGGUCCUUUUGAUUUCCCUGAUUGGGUUUCGAUGACUAGUUCGGAAAUUUCACCAGAAUUUUCUGAGUUGGUGACAACUGAUUUGAAUUCCAGCUUUGAUUGGUCGUCGGAAACGAGUUCUAAUCCGGCGGCCGGUCGUUUGCGGCGGCUGGUGACGGAUGAGACACAUGAUUGGUCGGUUUCCGGGAGUUGGGUGGCUAUCAGGUGAUUCAACUGCGGUAGUUCUGGGGCAGAGUAGAAGCAGAGUUAGGACAGAGGAAAGCUUCAACUUGAUUUUUUUUUUUUUAAUUGACUGUAAAUAUUGGGUAGGACAAACACAGAUGAUUUUAACAGUCUGGUCUUACUUUGGAUGAUUGAGUAGAUCUGAUUGGUUCCAUGGUGGGUGACAAUACUGUACAGAAAUUUUUGAUACAUUGAGAUGAUAUUAAUCAGAUUAUUUUCCAGAAAAGUUGGCAGA